AUGCGACAGUACGAUUCGAGCGAUGACUACGCUGAAAGCGACGACGAUGAGUCCGACGGCCUGCAACUUGAGGAGGAAAUUGUGCAAACCGAGUUCACCAUAGACACUGUCGGCCAGAUCAAAACCGAGGUCGAGAGCAAAACUAACCCAGUGGCCAUCCUGAAAGGGCACUGUGCUUUGAACCUAUUCCUAGAGGGAAUCACAGGAGAAACCAUCAACACGCUCAUCGGUUAUGCGAUUUGGACCGACGAUACCAAGCUGCUGGCCUCUCUCAUCUCACUUGGAGAGCAACUCAACGAGAAAUUCCCGUAUUAUCCAGGCGAUCCCCAGCCGGAUCAGAUAAGUCCGGCCGACUUCCUCAUGGCAAUUCGACUCGGAAGGCUGCACUGCCUGGAGCUUCUCAUUAAGCGAACCGGGACAGGGAUUAAUCUGGAUGAGCUGGUUGAGAAGAGCGAUAUCGAGGUCGUGGAAACUCCCGACCACUACCGCGGGCUUUCGGUGCGUGGCAAGAAGCGCGCGGACUGGGCGAGUCGUGGUCGGACAACUAGACAAUCAGAGACUGAACCACCGCUCCUUCAAGCCGCGAGGACGGGGAAUCUAGAGAGUGUGCAGUGGUUCCUUGGUCCUGUGCCGGCUCGCUGCUAUGCUACGUUUGUUGCGGCGUGGGAACACGACGAGAGGGUCCAGAUGCUGUCCUCUACGAAGAAAGGACUGGAGCGGACGAUUACUGAUUUCUUGGACUGCCACUUGGUUCUCCAUUGCGCCGUUCUCACUGCAGAGAACAAAGACUCCCAGGCCCUUGUGGAAUACCUUGCCAACACCAUGCGGCCUCUAUUGGAUGUCAAGAAUGUAGACGGCUAUACGCCCUUGGCCGUUGCAUUCCGCCUUGGCCGGCUCGAGUUCGCCAAAACCUUGAUCCAGGCUGGGGCUGAUCAGACCGUCCGGGACAGCCAAGGCAACAAUCUGCUCCAUCUGCGAUUCGGGAAAAAGAAUCUAUCGUUCGGCACAGGCGAGCCUAUCUACGAAAUGCUGGAACUGCUUGAUCCUCAGCUCCUUCCGUCGAUGUUGACCGAACGCUGCGCCUCCAGGGCGGGAACACAUACUCCAUUUUCUCUGUGGAUAUCACGAAUCCCUUCCAGCAACCGCCCUGAGGCACUCAAGCAGCUGGCUACGGGUCUAGAAUUAAUCAAGCCUCUGGGCUCCAAGCACCUCGAGCUCCUCGACAAUGCAGGAAAUACCCCUGCCCAUAAUGCGGCGCUGAAUUCGUGGGAGCAGACCGAUUUCCUCCUGAGAUAUUUGCCUGAGCUAGCGGUAAAAGAGAACGUCAACGGGUUCACACCGGCGGACCUCGCAGAGCAGAAAUGGUUCGCGGUGGCGGUCAAGCCUCCGGUUACCGGAGAUCAGACGAGAUAUCGCAGACUUGGCGUGGGCGCGGUAGGGAGGGCACCCUGGACGUUUGUCCGCACAUCCGGGGAGAGGAUGACAGUGGAUCAGAAGUGGAGAACUUAUCAACGGUGCUGUGAAAGUGGAACGGGAAGCGAGGGCGUCGAGAGGAGGAGAAAGCUGGUGACGCUCUUCGAAGCGAGGGAAUUCGCUGCGGCGUCUUAUGCACGGUUCCGAACUAGUAGGGAGCCCUGGAGGCCAAGGGAGACGGAUGAGAUUAGCAAGUCUCUGGACAUGUAG